UUGAAGCUUGGAGAUUUGAAGUGGUUUUCAUUCGAUUUUUACAGAAGUCUAGAUUUGUCGUAUCUUUGUUUAUUCUAAUUCUUGUUUUACUAAUAUUUCAUAAAUAAUAUUAGUAAUUUGAAAUAUUUAAAGUUGUAUUAAAACUUAUACCCCUGGUCUCAAAAUUACUCAGAUAAAGGAUAUGCCUCCGGUUAAAGAUGAAACGAUAAGAGAAAUUAAUUGUUUAGAUAUAAACAUAGUAGAGAAGAGCCCAGCAAAGAACAGUACGCUUGUGGAUGUGAGGGCCUGUAAUAAACCUGCUGCCAAGGUAUGGUUCCGUGGUGUGAGAAGCUCCAAAUUUCGGCACGUUUACGGCGUGUCGUUCAAACGGGAGCGAUGUUACGACAACAUAAAGAUAACGAGGAAUGCCCACGACUCCAACUUUUGCGCUGUCAAUCCCAAGUUCGUGGCCAUUGUCACCGAGGUCGCAGGUGGCGGAGCCUUCCUAGUGUUACCUUUGGAUCAUACUGGACGAUUGGACUUCAAUGCGAGCCGCGUGACUGGUCACAAGGGUCCAGUCCUCGACAUCAAGUGGAAUCCCUUCAAUGAUAAUGUCAUCGCAUCCUGUUCUGAUGACUGCACGGUGAAGCUAUGGCACAUUCCGGACGGCGGGCUGUCAAUGCAUCUGACAGACUGGCUGGUGGAGCUGCAAGGACACAAGCGACGUGUCGCCUACAUCGAGUGGCAUCCCACCGCUGAGAAUAUACUACUCAGUGCUGGAUUCGAUUAUUUGAUAAUGGUGUGGGAUGUGGGCAAGGGGCUGGCAGUGAAAGUGAUAUCGUGUCAUAGCGACGUGAUCUACUGCAUGUCUUUCAACCGGGACGGUUCUCUCCUCGCUACCACUUGCAAGGAUAAGAAACUGCGGGUCAUCGAGCCACGUCGCGGCAUCGUCCUCUCUGAGGGUCAAUGUCACAUGGGUACGAAAGCUUCCAAGUGCACUUUCGUGGGGUCUGGUCGUGUGCUGACUACCGGCUUCUCACGACACAGCGACCGCCAGUACGCGCUGUGGGACCAGCACGACCUCAGUGCGCCCCUCGUCACUGACACUAUCGACAGCUCCUCCGGUGUCGUCUUCCCUUACUACGAUUAUGAUACCAAUAUGGUGUACUUAGCGGGUAAAGGUGACGGCAACAUCAGGUACUACGAGGUGGUAGAUGAAGCGCCUUACGUGCACUUCCUCAAUCAGUUCUUAUCGGGGAAUCCACAGCGUGGUCUAGGCUACAUGCCGAAGCGCGGCGUGAACACGGCGGCGUGCGAGGUGUUCCGCUUCUACAAGCUGCAUACUUCACGCGGCCUCUGCGAGCCCAUCUCCAUGAUCGUGCCGCGCAAGUCUGACUGUUUCCAGGAGGACUUGUACCCGGACACUGCGGCGCCAUUGCCCGCUCUUAGCGCCAAGGACUGGCUGAGUGGCAUGAACGCGCCGCCACUACUCAUCAGCAUGAAAACUGGUGUGACAAUAUCAACGCACAAGCCGCGCACGAGCAGCGCGGAAGCACCAGCGCUGCAGCCGCAGGAUGCCAACAACCGAAAGAAGUUCGCCUUCCUGUCACGUGAGACCACGCCCGACUACCGCCCGCUCGCCACCUGGCAGCCGCGCGAACCUCUUGCCAACAUCACACACAAUAACGAUAAUGAUGUGGGUAUAAACGAGAAGUCGCAGAAGACUAACGCCAACCAGACGACCAAGUUCCACCAACUGCAGAAGAUGUUUGGCAAACAGGCGGGCGACGCCGAACCCGUGCCUCUCUACAAGCAAAUCAACCAGGGCGACGUCUUCACCACCGAGCACGAGCUGCGAGUGGCGUUCAAUCGUCAGGGCGAGGAGCUGCGUGUGGCGCGCCGGCAGCUGCAGCACAGCCAGCAACGCGUGCGCGAGCUCGAGCAGCUGCUGGCAGCGCUGCAGUCACGCCUCGCGCAGUAAACCACCAGCAGCUGCUGGCCGUCGUCACCACACGCACCGCAACCGCACAGGGCUCAGAUUGUUCACUAAAUAUGUUGAUACAUAGAUCUUGAUAGGAUGGUGUUGUGCGAUAACGUUAACAAAGGUCGUUGUCACAAUAGAAAGAUAUGCAAUAUGGUCAUAACAAAAGGAUGGUGUUAUGCAAAAAGGUCAGCAGAGGUCAUAACAAAAGGAUGGUGUUAUGCAAAAAGGACAGCAGAGGUCGUAACUUUAGAAUGGUAUUAUGCAAUAUAAUAAGCAAAGUUUGACCUCUAACAUCUUUGUUUUAUCUUGAAAGAUGAUGUUAUUCAAUAAGAAUGCAACAUUUUAUUGAUGAACUUUAUUACACAAGAUAUUGUAUACUUAUUCUUACUUAAAUCAUUGUUUACGUCACUGCUAAAUCUGUUGUCGAGACUUGAAGUAUUACUCGGAGACCUCUAACUUUUAAAUAUAUACAUUCAUUAUCAAUAUAACUAUGUAUAUAUAUAUAUUUAGUGAACAUAUAAUAUUGAGCAAACAGCGGUAGAUGAGUGCAUUGUAAUUCUAAAUGCAUUCCUUGCAUGUGUACCAGUGAUCUAUAAAGCUAAGAGUACCAAAUGUACUGAAAUUUUAAUAUUAUUAAGCUUUGGCACAAGUUAAACUGUCGCAUUCGGAAACUGAUUACUUUAUCCGUAUUUUAGUACAUUUAUUUUACUUUAAGAGGCUCCCUUAAAGAUUGUGUACGACUCUGAGUGUGGCAGUGUGUCUCAAUAAGCUUGAUAUAUAUUUAUAUGAUAAGAAAUCUUUGCUACGCUUGAUGCAUAUAUGGCUUAUAUGCGGUUUUCAAUAAUAAUCAUGUUUUAUUAUAUAUAUAUAUAUAAGUGAUCUUUGGUUAUGUAUUUUAUAUUGU